AGCGGGGGGAGGAGGAGGAGCGGGAGGAGGAGGAGGAGGAAGGAAAGGGGGGAGAUUGAGAUUACGCCUGUCCCGACUGGUGGAAACCCAGAGGCACCGGUGAUCCGUUCAGAUCUCUCAGCCGAGCUUGUCUGGUGGUGCCAGAGCAGAUAAACGCAGCACCAGAAAUGCUGCUGCUGCGCUGCUGAGAGGAGCAUCAGCCACCCCCACCGGCUCCUGGACUGGUCUGGGAGAGGCAGGAGCAGCAGGCAGAGUAGGAAGCCGAGCUGAGAGGGGGCGGAUGCCCUCUCUACCUACCUCUGAGCCUGCAAAGCCGGGAGACUUAGAAGCUGAGCUCUCCGUCUCCCCACCGCGGCGGCCUCGCAGCCUAAGAGCCCCGGAGCUUUCGUUUCUUCCUCCCGAACUCCCCAUCCCCACUCCUCCCGGCCUCUUCCCGAUCCUCCAGCCAUGACUGUUUCGGUUUUCACCUCAUAAAGAUGGCGGUGUGGGAUCACUGCAACCUUUAGACUCAUGACUGUCAGAAAUAUCGCCUCCAUUUGUAAUAUGGGCACCAAUGCCUCUGCUCUGGAAAAAGACAUUGGGCCAGAGCAAUUUCCAAUCAACGAACACUACUUUGGACUGGUCAAUUUUGGAAACACAUGCUACUGCAACUCCGUCCUGCAAGCCCUGUAUUUUUGCCGGCCAUUUCGGGAAAAUGUGUUGGCAUACAAGGCCCAGCAGAAAAAGAAGGAAAACCUCCUGACUUGCCUAGCAGACCUUUUCCAUAGCAUUGCUACACAGAAGAAGAAAGUUGGAGUGAUUCCACCCAAAAAAUUCAUCUCAAGGUUACGAAAGGAGAACGAUCUCUUUGACAACUACAUGCAGCAAGAUGCCCAUGAGUUUUUAAACUACUUACUGAACACUGUCGCCGACAUUUUGCAGGAGGAGAAGAAGCAGGAAAAGCAAAAUGGCAAACUGAAAAAUGGCAACAUGAACGAAGUAGAAGAGAACAACAAACAAGAACUCACCUGGGUGCAUGAGAUUUUUCAGGGAACACUGACAAAUGAAACAAGAUGUUUGAACUGUGAAACUGUUAGCAGCAAAGAUGAAGAUUUUCUUGAUCUCUCUGUUGAUGUAGAACAGAACACAUCAAUUACUCAUUGUUUAAGAGACUUCAGCAACACAGAAACAUUGUGUAGUGAACAAAAGUACUACUGUGAGACCUGCUGCAGCAAACAAGAGGCACAAAAAAGGAUGAGGGUUAAAAAGCUGCCAAUGAUUCUUGCCUUACAUCUGAAGAGAUUUAAGUAUAUGGAACAGUUACAUCGGUACACCAAGCUCUCUUACCGUGUGGUGUUUCCUCUGGAGCUACGUCUCUUCAACACAUCUGGGGAUGCUAUCAAUUUGGAUCGCAUGUAUGACUUGGUGGCUGUGGUAGUUCACUGCGGCAGCGGACCUAAUCGUGGACAUUAUAUUACCAUUGUGAAAAGUCAUGGCUUUUGGCUAUUGUUUGAUGAUGACAUUGUAGAGAAAAUUGAUGCACAGGCUAUUGAAGAAUUCUAUGGUCUGACUUCUGAUAUAUCUAAAAAUUCAGAAUCUGGAUAUAUUUUAUUUUAUCAAUCAAGAGAAUGACUGAGAAGACUGUGACUUUUUCCACCCCAAGAAGAGAAACUGACCCACACUGUUAACUGACUUCCAUGUAGACCCAUGCAAUACAGUCUGACAGUGAUAAGCUCAUGUCUGAAUUGUGGACUGAAACUCUCCAUCUUUGACUGGAAGAUUUUUUUUCUUUAGUAUGACUCUCAUUAACUGCAGCAAGAACAAAUUUAUACAACUCAUGUUCAUCUAUUGAAUCUUGCUGAACUGAGGUAUAAUGUUUCAUAAUGAUGUUUCCACCACCACUAAGGACCAAUUUUUUGCUGUUUCUAAAGAACCAUUCCUUUAGACUAGUGAUUGUCAAACAGUAUUUUGAGGAACCCUGGGAUUCCUUAGAUGCUUAUCAGAGGCCCUCAAUGUGAAGAUCAAUAGUAAGGAUAGACAUCCAUCCCUUAAUGAUAGCUUUCCUGCAACUGCUGAUCUUCACCUGUAAGAGGCAGCUGUGGGGAGUCCUGGUGGAGUUCUAGGAUGCAUUCUCGCAGUUCACAUAGGGUGAGCCCCAGCUAACCUGCCAACACUCCAUAUGAAAUGUGCAUCUUUGAGCACUCUGGAAGCCCCUGCCAUAUGCAGGUUCUGUGGCGAAUGCACAAGGGUUCCUAGGCGGAACAAUCAAUGUGAAAAAGGUUCCCUUAAGAUAGAAAGGUUGCUAAACUGCUGCUUUAUGUGACUCAUAUUCAUGGAUCUACAGUCCAACCCCAGUUCCACCAGCUUGCUCUCUCUCUCUCUCUCUCUCUCUCUCUCUCUCUCUCUGUGUGUGUGUGUGUGUGUGUGUGUGUGUGUGUGUCUGUCUCUCUCUGUCUGUCUGUCUGUCUCUCUCUCUCUCACUCUCUCUCACUCUGUGUGUGUGUGUGUAUAAUGUGUGUAUAUAUGUAUAUAUCUGUUGGAACUGGAGUUGGAUUGUAGAUUAUGUCACAUGGUAGUCAUCAGUUAGAAAACUAUUCUCUCAUUCUUUUAAGCUUUGGGUUAUUAAACAAUGUCAAAUUGGCAACCUCAAGAUGCAAAUUCACUCAAAGGGAUUUUCAAUCCCAUUUCAACCAAAUCGUACCACAUGUCUAGUCUUCCUGUUUAUCGUGGGACAGCACAGAUGAGCCAAACUGGUCCUUUGGAUUCCCACAUUGUAAAAGGAUUUUGCACUGAAAAGGGGGGGGGAGGUGUUCCUCUGUGUUACUUUCACUGUAUAAUGAGUGAUAGUAUCUUUUUAUCCCAAAGAAAUACUAUAAAAUUCUCUCUUACCUGAGUUUGCACAUGUCUAAGUAUCAUGCAUGCAAGCAAGUAUUUGUUGUACAAUCCAAUUAAGCAAUAGCGGCCAUGAUCCAAAACUCCAUAGGACUCCGGCACAGAGCUCUUCCUGGUGUUAAGGAAUGCAUCAUGUGCACGGUAAAGAUCCUGUGUGCAGAUCAGAAUCCCUGGAUUUAAGUGAAUACCUGUCAUGUUGCUGAGUCCUGCAAAGCUUUAGACUUUGACAGAUUGCAUUGACUGCACUGAGAGACAAAUUACACUGCACUGUACAGGAAUGGAAAACAGCAUCUUUAUAGUCAUAUAUACUAAAAGCCAGUUUGGGGGUUUCAUAUAUUUUGUCUCACACUAGUGUGAAGAAGACAUGGGACCUAGAAUAAACAAGAUAGGCUCAAAUUUCAACUACUCCCGCUAAGUACAAUGGUACAAAGAAAACUGGCUGAAAUUGGCAAGGCUGUUGGGUAAAGUACAAAGCUGCUAACCCAAGAGAAAGCUUCGUGGCGAUGCAGGGCUGAUAAAACAUUGAAGGGUUGAUAAAACAUUGUAAUAAUGGCUCUCAUUCAGUUCUAUGGGACAUAAAACCUACUUUCCUCCAAAUUCAGAAGUCAUCAGAAUUAAGAGUCAGGUUUAGUCCUUACCCCAAUGAUGUUCCUCCUUUAUUUUCUACCCUAUAUGUCAGGAGUGGUGAAUCUGUGGCCCUCCAGAGGAUGGUAGACUGUUGAACUACAUCUCCCAUCAUCUCUUACUUUGGACCACUCUGGAUGAGGCUGAUGAGUGUUGGAGUCCAACAACAUCUGGAGGGCCACUGAUUCCCCACCCUUGGUAUAAGUGAAUGGUUAAUACUCACAGCUAGAGGGGUAAGUAAGGUGCUGUUCUUGAAAAUACCAUAGCAUGGAUGGCCAAAUGUGCCCUCCGGCCCUAGCACUGGGUGGCCAGGCUUCCAUGGAGUGAGACUCCCAUUUGAGGUCAUAUGUGUCUCUGCAAACCACCAGCAGUAUACAAAUCUCUUCAGCCCUUUUUCCCAUCACACUGACAGGCAUUUGGCUUGUUGUGUAAUAAUGAAGCACAUUGGCCCUACAGCAAUUAACAAUGACCAGCAUCAAGAGCCAUGAUUACUGACAAGCACGAAUUUGUGUUUUAAGACUAUCUAAAUGUCUUCAGUUGUUACAAUAUGAUAACUGCACUCUAGCUAAUCAGUGGCUGCUAAAAAUGUUAGUGCAUAAGUAAUUUUGAAUGUAAAUAUCAGAGGGGGAACGGGACGGAUCUCUACUUUGCUGAAUUUGUAGAUCUAGAAUUGCAGAGUUGGAUUGUCUUGACACUUGCAAAGUGCAGUGCAUGGUUUUCUAAUGCCAGGUUUUAAUCCAAGCAAAAUAAAAGGCACAUCGCAUAAUCCUGUAGGAUAUUCACCUUUACAGUAAAAUAAAAGAAUAGGAAUUGUGCAAGAGCUAUUUCAUGCUGGGAUGUUCCCGAACUUUAUGUGGAUAUGAGUAUGACUUCAAGUGAGGAAAUUCCAGGAGAGAUACACAGCAUUUAUUUCUAUUUUAAAAACAAAAAAUGUCUGUAUUUAUUAGGCAAGAGUCCCUUUUAGUACUUUCUGAAUAGAGAUCUAAUUACAA